AUGGCGAGUCAAGGUUCUGCCGUGGCUGCGGCCCAGAGCCAUAGCCGACAGGCAAAUCUGGACCAGGAACGAACCACGUGGUUCACCACUUUGGAAGCCUACAAGCGACGCUUCGAGGCUGAGAAGGAGGACAUCAAGGCCAAUUUCACCCGCGAAACGCAAAAUAGCUGCCGCGAUCUGGAGGAGCAGGCGCGUUUCAUAGAUCAACAGAAUCUGCCGCGGCCGGUUCUCGAUCUUUUUCUUCUCUACCAGGCCGAGAUCAAGAAUCGCCGCCUUGCUGAGUGUGACCGAGAGUACGAACGCUCCGUCAAGAGCUUGGAGGCGCAGGAGAAGGAACUGUUCCGCCAGCAUCACCUGACGUUCCCGCUGCCGACAUCAUCAAUGUCAAGAAGUGUGGCUCACGCGCCGCCAACUGUGGCCUCUUCUGCAGCGGCAAAUCGUACACCGACCCCUGCUCAGGUUCAGCUACACACUCAGGCUACCCAGCACAAUCAGACUGUGCCGCCAAGACCAAAUGGCCAGGCGUCAAGCAACAUCAGUUCCGCCCCAAUGCCAACGCAACAGAACCACCAGCAAUGGCAAGCGUACGGCCAGCUUCCAUCGCAUCACGGCCCUCCUCACAUGCAGGCAAAUAUGUACCAGCAGAGCCGCCCAGGAGCUGUGACCAAAGCAGCAGAGACUGCUCCCCGGACUCUUCCCUCAAACGGCAGAGCACCUAUCCUCGGCAGUGGAAUGUCCGGUCCUAUGCAAAACUCGGUUUCGAGCCAUGGCCCAGGCGGUGCUGGUAGCCCUCAUCUGAUGAGCCAUCCGGCUGAGGCUGGUCGAGGUGCACGUGUGCCGAUUCCCCCCAUUCAUCAGCAGAUGCAACAUCCUCGUGAGGAUAGAUCUACAAUGGUCCGAGUUGGCAAUGGCAUUCAUCUCUCUCCAGCACGACAAGACGAAUAUUCCAGACAGCUCCAGGCAGAUCCCCACCGACAACUGAAGCGUAAGUCAGACGCCAGUGAGAUUUCUCCUUACCAGGAAAUGGAUCCGAAGCGUCCACGGACAGGAACCCCUCAAUCCAUGGCACCUAAAACCAUCACCUUCAACGAAAUCUACCAAGAUGGAAAAGCCGAGUUCAAGCACACGAUCGUUAAGUUCGAGGAUAUUUUCUACAUUCUGAAGUGCGACGAACACGGUGUUCACUUCAAGCAGAAUGCGCUUGCUGCUGCGGCGAAGCAUCUUCACGGAGCUUCCCACGGACACCAAAAGAAGGAACACAGACUGGCUAUCCGAACGAUCGGUUUCCACGUCGUGGACUGCACUGAGGAGCUUGCAAAGCUGAACAACGACUUUGUGCAAAAAGCCUUCGAGAAUGGAUACAAGCCUCUUAACCAGCUGCAUGGCCCCAAAUCCGGCGGCAAGCGUCAGUCCAACCACGAUGUGCUCGGUGCGUCGCCGGAUCCUAGCCCGCGAGGUCAAGCUGUCCUUCGGCAGAACCCGAAGGAAGAGUUCACAGACUUUAUCACGGAUUUUGAGGCUGGGGAGCUCUACUGGGCUAUCUGGCCGGCAGAUAGGAAGAUGUAUCCGGUCAUGGUCCUCGGUUGGAAGGAUCUCGCGCGAUGUGGCUGGCACGAUAUGAAGUUCUGCGAUUUGAAACUCUUCACGGACAAGCAAAUGCGACCAGCAUGCUACAUAUUCGAUGCGGAGGGUAUCGCUGGCUGGGCUGAGGGGUACAGAGACGGGGAGCCGAACGUACUAGCUCGACAGGCACCGGUGAUGUGGUUUGAGAAUAACGGGGAAAACCGCCUUGGAUGGCUGAGCGCUAGGUACCUGAGACCUUUCCGACUGGAUGACCCAAACAGGAACACGAAUCCCAACUCGAACGAGAGCCGGGCACGAAAGCUGUAUGCCUCUCUACGCGGCUUCAACUCAUGGGAGGAGAUGCGUGCGAGGCAACUGGCCUUGCAGUCGCAGAGUCCCGCGGGUCCGAGUACGUCUGCGAAGGCGCCGUCGCCAGAGUCAGAGUCGGACUCUGCCUCGCAAGACGUGGACAUGUACGACUUUGGCGACAACCCUCCGAAGCUUGACGACUCUGGGGACGAGGACUAUGUGGAUACCAAAAAAGGCCGUAACGACUCGGACGACGAAAUGGCAGAUGCGGAACCCACGACCCCCCAGCCCCUCAGACGGAGCACUCAAGAGGUGCGCCCGACGUCGCGACUGAGCGAGAGCAUGGGAUUACACCGAACUGGAGCAGCGGCCGGAACACGCUCUUCGGCGAAGAAGGACCCUGUGGGGGCGGACAAGGACACAGACUUGGCCGAAGUGCAAGGCACACCGUCUAAGAGCCGAGUGAUCGCCGAGGAUAAUGAAACCACAACGCCCAACAAUGUCUCCAGCAACUCCCGAGAUAUCCCGCAGGUUGCUCUCGGCACACCUGCGACCCCGAAGCCUGACGGUGUCUCGAAGGGAGCGGAGAAUGACACGUCGAUGGUCGAUGCCAUUUCCGCGAGACAACUGGCCGAGAUGGCACAGAGCAAGCUCUCCGAAAAGCGCAGCAUGCUCGAGGACCCGAAGGUGACAGCAGGCCGGGCCGUGGAAAGAGGUGGUGAAAGCUCCCACGACGACAGGCGUGAGAAGUCCCUUUCAGUUCCCGCCAACAUAGCCAACAAUAAUGGGGAAAGGAGCGGCGCGUCGAAGUCGCCCAGUCUGGAGAAAGAAUUCCCCAAGGUCAGCCCGAAACUGCAGGUUGCCAACCUUCUCAACAGCACCGUCUCGGACAAGGCUAAGGGACAACCGACUCCGACGAACACCUCUACGCCGGCGGAACCACGACGACCUCUGCCCUCGGAAGCAGGAGGGGCAGCCACUGGGGCCAAGCAAUCGGCACCGAUGACACAUGCAUUGCCACCCAAGCCCUCAGUUCAGGUGCAGCCAGUCCAGCAACCGGCCGACAAGUCCUCUCAACCGGAGCCUAGGAAGGACCUGAGCAUUGAAGUCCAGGCCAGCCCGCAACUAUCUGUCAACGGGCAGGGGAGAGAGGGUAGUAAGCAGCCUUCGCCGACGGAGGCAUCCAGAAGUGCCAGUGUUGAAAGCACGCAACGCCGAUCCGACCCGCGAAUGAGCAUCAGUGCUCUCGACGAUAAGCCAACGACUCCGCAGCCGACGGCGGUAAAUGGGAACAGCAUUGUUGUGAACGGAGGGACUGCGUCUGGCAACAGCACUCCGAGGCUUUUGACGAAGAACGUGGACGACCGAUGGCGGGCGGUACGGACAUCAGAGUCGCCUCACAUCGCACCGGCAUCGAUCCGGUCUCCUCUUGUCGACCGUAGUGCGGCGGCAUCGCCCGUGUUGGGUGGUAAGAAGGAGCUGGGCGGUCUCUCGAUCGACGUGGCGUCUUUCUCGGAGGGCAACAGGAGGUGGAUUGGCGGAGGAGAGAAUUUGCUGCACUUCCACAUCGAGGACGAUGCACGCGGGGUUGCACGAGGCGAGGCGAAGGACGGCUUCGCGGCGACGGUGGAUGCGCAAAGGGUCAAGGCGGCCCAACACACAAAGGAAGCAGUUCGGCUUGUGCUCAAGACCGAAGACGGCACGCCGUUGGAGCAGCGGUUCACGUUUGAGACCAAUUCGUUGACGGGAAGUUCUCGAUCAAGCGGCAUGCAGGCACUCAAGUUUUAUCAGUGGGUGACGAGGAAGAACGAGGAGAUUGAGCACCUGGGGUAG